UUACUUUUCUUCCUUCCCCUCCAUGUCACACCAUGGCCACCUGCUGUGCCAUGAAGAAACACAACCACUUGACCGCGUUAUAUGAUUAUGGGUUUGUCACAGUGACACCUGGCUCAGUCCUGGACCAGCAUCCCCUGACUCCUCAGAACAAGAUGUCAGUUUGCCUUCAGCCUCAGCUGUGUUAUGACCAUCUAAUGUGCACAAGCCCAGCCCACAACCAAGAUAUUGGUGUUUUUGCUGUUGCGUGAUUUAAAACCUCCAGCUCAGAGAAACAGAAUGUAGAAAUGUACACAAACCGUAAUAAAACAUAUACCAACGUGAGAUUACAUAAAGAAGGUGUGAUCUUAGAAAUCUAUAUGCAUUAGAAACAGACUGGCUCCACCUUAACUGAAAUAACGGAGUGCUCUAAAAUAAAAUCUGUUAUUUAAAUGUGAAUGUAAAACCCGUGGAAUGUGGCACUUGCACUUCUGUUAAAGGAUGACACGUUCACAGAUCAGCCUGCAGCUUGAAACACCUUCUUGCUCCGCUGUUUAGCUCAAGCGCUCUGCGUCCAAGGCUCCUUUGGAAAAGAAAUUGUAAACCUCAGUGGUCUUCACCUUCCGUUUUCACACUGUUGUGCAGGGUUUAGGAUUCCGGCCGACUGGAUUAGCCUAGGGCAGGUCUAAUUCAGCUGUAAUUGUGCCCAGGGUGAAAACUUAUUUUAUCUUAGUCAUUGUGAGUUUGAAACAGGCUGUGGGUCUGUGAACUACUUGCGAUCAGUUUAAUAAUUUUUUCCACAAUUAAAACCUCGUAAGACACUUUUGGCAUCUGCUACGCGCUGAGUUUUAUAUAAAUCAGUGUGGGUUUUAGGCCACUGUAUUUCUUUACAGCGUUGAAUGGUGGGGUCCCAGAGGUUAUCUUGAUGGCCAGUGUACAGUUUAUCUGUUUCCUCUGUCUCGGUAACAGUCUUACUGAUGCAGAUACGCCCUUUUCUUAUCACUGUUGCAAAUCCAUUCAAUGCUGCUUAUCCAGCCCACCAUCCACCCAAACGCACGCCUCUGGGAGGGGAGCAGCGUUGCUUUAUAAGAUGCAUCUGAUGCCCCUGAGCAAACGAGCUAGUGACCCGCACAGGAAAAUCUAGAGCCGGCAAAAUGGUUCAAUGGACAGACUUCGAGCGCACCACCAUCCAGAGCAUCUUCUCCAACAUUAACCAUGAUGUGGUGGGCCCUGCUGCUCUCACCAGAUGCUUGGUUGUCUACCCCUGGACACAGAGAUACUUCGCCAAGUUCGGAAACCUGUACAACGCCGAGGCAAUCUCAACAAACCCGCAUGUUGCUGCUCACGGAAAAACAGUCCUCGGCGGUCUGGAACUGGCUGUGAAGAACAUGGACAACAUCAAGGCCACACUUGCGGAGCUGAGCGUGCUGCACUCCGAGAAACUCAACGUGGAUCCGGACAAUUUCAAGGUAUAAGUUUAAGAGACUAAGGAGUAGCCAUGGUUGUUCACAUUCAAGGAUU